GGGAAUUUCUAGAAGAUCUGCACCUGAAAUUGCUAAGGGAAAGCCUCAGAAUGUUGGCCAUCAUUCCCUUAGCCCUUCUUUGUGCCUCGGCCUCCGGCAAUGCCAUUCAGUCCAGGUCCUCCUCCUACAGUGGGGAAUAUGGAGGCAAAGGAGGAAAGCGGUUCUCCCAUUCCGGCAACCAGCUGGACGGCCCCAUCACCGCCAUCCGUGUCCGAGCCAACUCACUUUACAUCACUGGUCUCCAAGUGCGCUAUGGCACAGUGUGGAGCGAAUACGUGGGUGGCAAACAGGGAGACCUGGAGGAGAUCUUUCUGCACCCCGGGGAAUCCGUGAUCCAGGUGUCUGGCAAAUACAGAUUUUAUGUGAAGCAGCUGGUCUUCGUGACAGACAAAGGCCGCUACCUGUCUUUUGGAAAAGACUCAGGCACGAGUUUCAACGCUGUUCCCUUGCACCCCAACACCGUCCUUCGCUUCAUUAGUGGCCGAUCUGGCUCUGUCAUUGAUGCCAUCAGCCUACACUGGGAUCUCUACCCUAGCCACUGCAGCACUUGCUGAAGCCCACCUUUCUUUCUGGCGGGUGUGAGAACUCCCUCAUCACCAAGCCCCAUGCAAAUGUGCAAACAGCUUAAUAAAAGGAUAUGACUGA